AUGACUCUGCCAGCCCCCGCACUCGUCACUAUUCUAAGUGGUAUAGCUGAUCACACCAUUGAAUACAAAAUCGCCAAUGCAUUUUGGGAACUAGAGACAAUAGGUAUCAAGACAGAUGAGGACGAUUUAGACCCUGGUCAGGACUUUUUGAAACGUUGCCAGGGCACAAGCUUGAAGCGCAAUGAAAACGGACAAUACAUAGCCAGCCUCCCAUGGAAAGAAAGCCAUCCGGAAUUGCCAUCGAAUUAUGACGUCACAUGCGCAAGGAAAAGAGCCAUAGUCAGAAAACUCGACGGUAACAUGCGACGUACGUACAAUGACAUCAUAGUUGACCAACUCCACCGCCAGUUCAUACGCGAGGUGCCUGACGAAGACGCCACCUGCGGUCACUAUCUACCCCAUCAUUCAGUAAAAAAGGAUUCACCAACCACGCCCAUUCGGAUUGUAUAUGACGCAUCGUGCCGAGCAGCUAGAAGACCAAGUCUGAAUGACUGCCUAGAACCAGGCCCGAAUCUACUGAAUGACCUGGGCAGAAUCCUGCUUAGAUUUCGGCUACACCCUGUAGGAUUAAGUAGCGACAUACAGAAAGCAUUUCUCCAUGACAAACUAGCUGAAGCUGAUCGGAUGUUCACCAAAUUCCUAUGGUUGGGAGACCCUGAUGACCCCGAGAGUAGAUUCCGCACGCUCCAAUUUCAAGUGGUACCAUUCGGGACAGUAUCAUCACCAUUUAUGCUGUUGGCGAUGAUAAAGACACACCGUGACUCCUAUGACACACCGCUAGCAGCAGACAUACAAGAAAACACGUACAUGGACAACAUAUACGCCAGUAUUCAACCAACGGAUGCCAUGACGUACAAUGAGAAAGCCAACGAAAUGAUGGAUGACGCAGGCCUCAAAUUACGCGCUUGGACCUCGAACGAUACAACCAUCCGCCAGAGGGCACAAGCUGACAACAUUGAUGACCCCAAACCUAAGGUUCCCGCACACGGAAUGAUUUGGGACACUGAAGCCGACACAUUGACCUAA